AUUUAAUCUACUGCAUUAAAUUUGAAAUUCUUCGAAUAACAGAAGUUAUCUUUUAUUUUACUUUUUUUUCAAUAUACCAUAAUAAAAUAAAUAAAAUGCCAUGUGAAAUGAUAACACUCCAACUCGGCCAAUGUGGUAAUCAAAUUGGUUUUGAAUUUUGGAAAAGAUUAUGUGCCGAACAUGCAAUAAGCCCAGAAGGGAUUCUUGGGGAAUAUUCUACAGAGGGAAUAGAUAGAAAGGAUGUAUUUUUUUACCAAACAGAUGAUGAACAUUAUAAGCCCCGCGCAGUUCUGGUAGAUUUGGAGCCAAGGGUCAUAAAUACAAUCUUAAAUACACCCUACUCAAAGUUGUAUAACCACGAAAAUAUAUUUUUGUCAAAAAACGGCGGAGGCGCUGGUAACAAUUGGGCAGCGGGUUAUGGACAAGGAGAAAAACUGAAUGAAGAGAUAUUUGACAUAAUAGAUCGAGAAGCUGAUGGCAGUGAUAGUUUGGAAGGCUUUGUUGUUUGUCAUUCUAUUGCGGGAGGUACAGGCAGUGGAUUAGGUUCAAAUAUCCUUGAAAAAUUGUCUGACAGGUUUCCUAAAAAGUUGGUUCAAACUUAUAGCGUAUUUCCUAAUUUAGACGAAAUAAGUGAUGUAGUGGUUCAACCUUACAAUUCUCUUCUGACAUUAAGAAGACUGACGGAGUCUGCAGAUUCUGUUGUAGUUUUAGAUAACACUGCUUUAAACAGGAUUGCAACGGAGAGAUUAUGUAUUCAGAAUCCUUCAUUUGCACAGAUCAACAGCUUAGUGAGCACAAUAAUGACAGUUAGUACGGCUACUUUGAGAUAUCCUUCCUAUAUGAAUAAUGAUCUGAUGGGUAUCCUUGCUCCAUUAAUACCAACACCAAGAUUGCACUUCCUUAUGACCGGUUUUACACCAUUAACUUGUGAUCAAGAUGAGAGGAGCGUAGGAAAAACAACGGUUCUAGAUGUUAUGAAAAGGCUCCUUCAACCAAAAAAUAUGAUGGUUUCUACUAAUCCCGACAAAAAUGCACAACACUGUUACAUCUCUAUUUUGAAUAUAAUUCAGGGAGAAGUCGAUCCAACUCAAGUGCAUAAGUCGAUACAGAGAAUCAGGGAAAGAAAGUUGGCUCCGUUCAUUCCUUGGGGACCUGCUAGUGUGAAUGUCGCAAUCUCAAAGAAAUCGCCCUAUGUUAAGACUCCUUAUAAAGUUUCUGGGCUCAUGUUGGCAAAUCAUACAAACAUAAGUUCUUUAUUCAACAGAGUACUGGGGCAGUAUCACAAGUUGAGGAAGCGAGAAGCAUUUUUGGAUCAGUUUAAGAAAGAAGAAAUGUUCCAAGAUAAUUUGAACGAGUUGGAUGAGAGUGAAGAAGUUAUACAGGACCUUUGCGCUGAAUAUCUUGCCGCCACCAAAGAAGACUAUGUUACUUCUCGUAUGUAAAGUUUCAUAACCAGUAAUGAAAUACUAUAUAUAUAUUUUUUUGUAAACUUAAUAUGAGAUUUAUAGUAGUACUUGGAUUUCUCAUUCGAAAUCUCACCAGUAUAGAAAUAAGUGUGCCAUUACCCACAAUUUAUAUUAUUUAUAAUUUUUUUAUAGAACUCUAGAAUGUGAGAGUUUCCAGUAAAAUAAGCUGAAUUCUAAAAAAAGUUAGGAUUAAUGAUUUUAGUAAGAUUGCUAUUGGAUAAUGAAUAUUUUUUUAAGUGCUUGUGCCACGGAAUUGAAUUUUUUUUUAAUAAAAACAUUAGUUGAAA